AGGACAGCCAUCGCGUCGUCCGGCGCGGAGCUGGGCCGGCUCGCAGCUGUCGCCCCCUUCGUUGCCUGAACCGCCGGGUCCGCGCCCGUUCCUUCCGCCCUUCGCCCUUCGCCCUUCGCCUCGUCCGGUCCUCCGGGGCUCGGUGCCAUCGCGUUAUGCUGCCAUCGGCGCGUCCCGCGCGGCCCCGCUGAGCUCAGAGCGGCGGCGGCGAGCGCGGCUCGGGGGUCACCAUGCCUACCCGGAUGUGCUGCUGCUGUUCUGCUCUGCGUCCUCGCUACAAACGCCUGGUGGACAACAUAUUCCCUGAAGAUCCCAAAGUAAUUUGAUCCACAUCUACUGAUCCUUCUCUUUGCUGACCCAUCCUCCCCCCUGCUGACCUCCUUAAGGAUGGCCUUGUUAAAGCCGAUAUGGAGAAAUUGACAUUUUAUGCAGUGUCUGCGCCAGAGAAGCUGGAUCGAAUUGGUUCUUACCUGGCGGAAAGGCUGAGCAGGGAUGUUGUCAGACACCGUUCUGGGUAUGUUUUAAUUGCCAUGGAGGCACUAGACCAACUUCUUAUGGCUUGCCACUCUCAAAGCAUCAAGCCUUUCGUAGAAAGCUUUCUUCAUAUGGUGGCAAAGCUUCUGGAAUCAGGGGAACCAAAGCUUCAAGUCCUUGGAACAAAUUCUUUUGUCAAAUUUGCAAAUAUUGAAGAAGACACACCAUCCUAUCACAGACGUUACGACUUCUUUGUGUCCCGCUUCAGUGCCAUGUGUCACUCCUGCCAUAGUGACCCAGAAAUACGAACGGAAAUUCGAAUCGCUGGAAUCAGGGGUAUUCAAGGUGUGGUUCGUAAAACAGUUAAUGAUGAACUUCGGGCUACAAUUUGGGAACCCCAGCACAUGGAUAAAAUCGUUCCGUCUCUGCUGUUUAACAUGCAGAAGAUAGAAGAGAUCGACAGUCGCAUAGGCCCUCCCGCCUCUCCCUCCGCGGCUGACAAAGAGGAGAACCCCGCAGUGCUGGCUGAGAACUGUCUCCGAGAGCUCCUGGGCCGAGCGACGUUCGGGAACAUGAAUAAUGCCGUGAGGCCCGUUUUUGCGCAUUUAGAUCAUCACAAACUGUGGGAUCCUAAUGAAUUCGCAGUUCACUGCUUUAAAAUUAUAAUGUAUUCCAUUCAAGCUCAGUAUUCUCACCAUGUGAUCCAGGAGAUUCUGGGGCACCUCGAUGCUCGUAAGAAAGAUCCGCCGCGGGUUCGCGCCGGUAUAAUUCAGGUUCUGUUGGAGGCUGUUGCCAUUGCUGCCAAAGGUUCCAUAGGGCCCACGGUGCUGGAGGUCUUCAACACGCUGCUGAAGCACCUGCGUCUCAGCGUGGAAUCGGAAGCUAGCGACUUGCAGGAGGGAUCUGUGGGCAGUGCCAGCUUCAGCACGGGUUCCAAGGACAGCGAUGAGAAGAUCGUGCAGAAUGCCAUCAUCCAAACCAUAGGAUUUUUUGGAAGUAACCUACCAGAUUAUCAGAGGUCAGAAAUCAUGAUGUUCAUUAUGGGGAAAGUGCCAGUUUUUGGAACGUCCACCCAUACUUUGGAUAUCAGCCAACUAGGGGAUCUGGGAACCAGGCGCAUUCAGAUCAUGUUGCUGAGAUCUUUACUUAUGGUCACCUCUGGUUACAAAGCCAAGACAAUUGUUACUGCGCUGCCAGGGUCUUUCCUGGAUCCGCUGUUAUCAACAUCCCUCAUGGAAGACUAUGAGCUGAGACAGUUAGUCUUGGAAGUGAUGCAUAAUCUCAUGGAUCGCCAUGACAACAGGGCAAAGCUUCGAGGGAUCAGAAUAAUACCUGAUGUAGCUGAUCUGAAGAUCAAAAGAGAAAAAAUUUGUAGACAAGAUGCAAGUUUCAUGAAAAAGAAUGGGCAGCAACUCUAUCGCCACAUAUAUUUGGGCUGUAAAGAGGAAGACAAUGUUCAGAAAAACUAUGAGUUACUUUAUACUUCUCUCGCUCUUAUAACUAUUGAAUUGGCCAAUGAAGAAGUGGUUAUUGAUCUCAUUCGCUUAGCCAUCGCUUUGCAGGACAGUGCGAUCAUCAAUGAGGACAACUUGCCAAUGUUCCAUCGCUGCGGGAUCAUGGCGCUGGUCGCUGCGUACCUCAACUUCGUGAGCCAGAUGAUCGCGGUGCCUGCCUUCUGCCAGCACGUCACCAAGGUCAUUGAAAGUCGAACUAUGGAAGCCCCUUAUUUUCUGCCAGAGCAUAUUUUCAGAGAUAAGUGCAUGCUUCCAAAAUCCUUAGAGAAGCAUGACAAAGAUUUGUACUUCUUGACCAACAAGAUUGCAGAGUCACUUGGUGGAAGUGGCUAUAGUGUCGAGAGACUGUCAGUGCCCUACGUACCACAGGUCACAGAUGAAGAUCGACUUUCUAGAAGAAAAAGUAUCGUGGACACCGUAUCCAUUCAGGUGGAUAUUUUACCCAGCAGCGUUCCGUCUGACGAUGUGGUUAGUAACACUGAAGAAAUCACCUUUGAAACAUUAAAGAAAGCAAUUGAUACCAAUGGAAUGGAAGAACAGGAAAAGGAAAAGAGGCGCCUUGUCAUAGAGAAAUUCCAGAAAGCGCCUUUUGAAGAAAUAGCCGCACAGUGUGAAUCCAAAGCAAAUUUGCUUCACGAUAGACUUACUCAAAUACUGGAACUCACUAUACGUCCUCCCCCCAGCCCGUCGGGAACGCUGACCAUCACUUCUGGGCAUGCCCAGUACCAGUCUGUCCCAGUCUAUGAGAUGAAGUUUCCAGAUCUGUGUGUAUACUGAGUGGCUCAGGAAGACCUCAGCAUAGGAUUUUAAAGCCUAAGAAUCCAGGCCUGGCGGAUGGUUUUCAAGAUUUACUUACUGCAUAUUAGCGUACAGCGCGACAGUAACGGUGGAGCCUACCUGUGACCAAACAUUCGGCAUACCGCCUCGGAGAUUUUGAAGCUGUCUGUGAUUUAGAGUACUGCGGAAGAUAGGUGUGUGCCGUGUUCAUUUUUUUGGAAGUUCUGUUGGCUUUUAAAGUUGAACAUGUAUUGGUCUCAAAAUUAUUUCAUUGUUAAACAGUAUAUUUUAAACUUUUCAAAAAUGUAAUUUUUUUUUUAAAGUAAGCCUUCCAAGCAUUAGAAGAUGUAUGAAGUGUCUACUGUAUUUCUUAAACAUUUGCAUAGCUGCUUAGAAGAAGGAUUGCUUUUGUUUUUGGUCACCUGCAAAAGCAGAAACCUACAAAUACAGUUCUGGGGCCACAAAACAGCUCUGUGGCCUUUGUCCCUGUGUUCCAGACAUUGUGGUAGGCGUCCCUGUAUUCACUCACCGUGGUAACAUGUGAUAGGCAUUCCUCAGCUGGUUUAUGGUAGUGACAUAUAUAGAAAAUAUUCAUAGGCUCUGACCCUCAAAGUGCUGUACUCUAGAGUGUCGAGUUCUUGUUAUACUGUAUUUUCCACCGAGAGCGGGAUACUUGAGAGACUCAGAGCUUACUGUUGGGAUACCAAACUGUGCAAUAUUUUUUACAUCAUAAGAUGUAUUAGUUUACAGACUGUGCUUUGAAAUUAUAGUAGUAGUUUGCUUUUGCUCCAUUAAUUAAAUUAGCUAUAUAUUUAAAAUAGCAACUAGUUCACCUGUGAAGAGUAUACAUUUUGAUUUUUAUUAAGAGUACAUUAAUUUACACUUUUAUAUUGUGCAUUGUCUUAAAUCCUCAUAAUGAGAAAAUUACCGAAACGGGUUUUUAAUUUGUAAGAUUUGAACUGCAGCUUGUAUGCAUUUCUGUUUAGGGUUUGUUAUAUUACAUUUGAAAAGGGUGCCUAUGGUUUUAGUAAUCAAGUGUGCUGAGAAUUGUCAAGGAAACUUCUGUUGAUUGAAACUGUGGACACUCUAUUCGUGUGCUAACAGACCCAUAGUGUUUUCUUAAAGUUCCGUGCAUUUUAGUGAGUUCCAUCACACAGCAAAAUGAACAACUUUCUCUGUAAGUCUUAUAACAUUCUUUUAGAACAUUUUUAUAAAAUAACCUGUUUAUAGUUCUACAUUUUCAGAUUUCAUUUCUUUCCAAUUAAAAAAUAUACCUAGCAAAAAUUGCAGCUCCAAAAAAGAAUUCAGUUUUUGGCUCUUGUUUUUGUUUGGAAAACUGCAGCCGAGGCUGGCACGUUACACCCUUGUGUCGAUUGCUUGGGCACCUGUAGUGAAAACAGAAAAAACUAAGGAAGCGCGCUCCGAAUGUUCGGAAUGUUUCAACUGAAGUGCGGCAUCUUGAGCCGUCUUGCAGAAGGUUCUAGUCCUUGGAACCUAUGAAAGGGCACUCAGGUAUCCCGGGCGCCUCAUGAAACGCAGGAGAGGAAGCCCCCGUUUUCCGAGGGACAGGACUGCCGCCGCGGUGCGGGGGCCCGUGGCCGCCGUCACUGUGUUUGCCUCUCCAUCAGCGAAAAGGUUUUGCCAUUUAAUAGGCCAAAUGUUAUGGACUUUUUUUUUUUAAUUUUCCUUUUUUUCUGUAUUUUUAAAGGAUAUUCAUUUUUGACAGUGCAUUUAAAAAGUCAAAGCAGGGGGACAUGCAAAAACAAUCAUCCACUUGGAUGUCAUUUUACAGAUUAACACUGUGUGCUUUUGUAUGAAAAAUAUAUAAUUUAAUAGUAUAAGAGAAGAUAUAUAUUCGUUUGCACUCAUGCAGAACCAGCUUCGCUGUACAGAAUUUCAUGUUUCUCUGUGAUGUAUCAGUGCAUGUGGUGCAUGUAGAGGACAGCCAUUUCCGCUAACGUCUGUCACCUCUUCCUCUUGGUCUGUUUGUAAACUUUUGGUUUUGUGGGGCCCAUUCUGUGUUUAAAUCACAGUAGACCUCCUUCUACCUGAGGUUAUGGAACUGGUCGUAUCAACAGUGGUUCCCAAGAAGUGGCUCUUCCUUUUGGUUUGUCCCUCCCAGGAGAUCCUGCAGGGAGGAGGCAUGCAUACUGUAUUGUCACCAGCUUUGAGACUGAAAGUAUAGGACUUGUUGAAGUCCACUGUAUUGCUAUAUUUUUGUAGAUAUGUAAAAUUCCUAAUAAACUGUUAAUCACUUUCUUUUUGCUGUAUACAGAUGCUUAUAUCAUUCUGUUUUUUCCUUGACAUUGAAUAGUUAACAUUUAGGUGAUCCUCUUAUACUUGUGUUGUCUUUGCUCAAAGAGAGUUUGGUUGUCUUUGGAGUUAGCCUGAACACACCCACACACACACACACACACACACACACACACACACACACACACACCCCCCCCACUUAAUACUUCUGAACUCAUUGUCUUUUAGAAAAAUGGAGCACUUUACCAGCAGUUAACUUCCCCUCCUCACAACAUUUCUCAUCUUCUUGUCUGAAACUUAUUCAUGGCGAUAAAUGUAAUAAAUGUAAUGAAGUGAGCUUUUUGAAAUGUAAAAAUUCA